UAUAAUAGCAAAGCGAUUUGCAUGUUGGGCCGAUUAAAGGGAAGAUGUAUGUCACGAAGCAAUUCUAGUCUGAGCCAGUUAAGCGUGGAAAUAGACGAUUAAACGUAAGCCCGGAUACUUUUCAAAUCCUUUGAAAUGGGUCUCACCCCUUCGAUACGGCGACUAGAGAAGCGAACCAAGUUCUCCUCAUUAAGGCAUUAUCCCGUCGCGUCUCAAGCAGCGCAAAGAUACGCAAUCGAGUGCACCGCACUUAAAUUACUCCCAAGUCGAGUCCUCGAGAACUUGGCUCGUUAAAGCACGGAUGUACUUGCGAGUUUUCCUGCCGACUAACAACGGGGCAACAAAAUUUUUAAUUAGGCAAUUUCCGAUUCGGUUUCGUUCAUGUUUCACCGUCUUCUGUUCUCGAGAGAUACUUCAGGCGGAUGAAUAAUAAAUUCUUCGGUUAAAAUGUGAUAUGUCUUAUCGAAAUAAUGGGAGCAUGUGCCAUUACUACGAAAAAUGUAAACUUCUAGGAAGCGAUCGUGAUUAACGGAGGAUUUAAAAUUUUCAUUGGACAUGAACGAAAUCAGGGCGUUAACCAGACGAUCUCUGUUACCGAUUUUUACAAGCUCCUUGCCGGUACAUAUGCAAUUAUUCUUAAUUAUAAAUUGUAAUCAAUCUCAUUAAAUCUAUCUCAUCAUCUCGUUUAUUCAACAUGUUCAUUCAACUAUAAACAGUAUGUGGUUAUAAAAUUUGUGACCAACUCUGAUUACGUGAAAAGUAUUUUAGUGUCUGUUUGAUGAGAAAUGAAAGGGUGGUAGGAAAAAUGUUAAGACUGUCGGUGUUAAUGAUUUGAAGAAGAGGGCCUACAGCACGGGCGAGUCGAAGACAUGGGAACCGUUUCGGUCGAUCUUAGGGCAGUGGACAGAGGUGAAAGGCGAACCCUGCUGGGUGGAAGUUCUCAUGCCGCGGGAUCCUCGAACGAGGGUCGUGACUCGAAUGAACAAAGUCCCGUCGGAAAAGAUCGCGUACGGGGUGAAGUGCAUUCGGCCCAAGCCGAAGAUCCGGAGAGAGAUGGCGGACGACUUCAGGCGGAGGACCCUGAAUCUUACGGUGAAAUAUUGAAAUUCGCCUAUCCGAAGGGCAAGCACAAGAGCGGGAAGAAGUCCCACUGCAAACGGCGUGUCACGUUUGCUUUGUAAAUUUUCGAUGUGAUAAU